AUGCUGUUACAGAAUUUUGCGGAUUUCAAUUACUACGAUAACGAAAUUACAGAUUUUGAGAACGAUUUUGCAAAUGCAUUGAUCGUCCCAGGUAAGUCGACAAGAAAUCUGUACGAUAUUGAUUCUCCUGCUCAACAGACAAACGAUGCAGCCAUAGACUUCAACAACACUUUCAACAGCGGGCUGAACUCAAACUACUUGCUGGCAAAUGAUACACUGUACCCACUGCAGGACCCCUUCGACUACGAUGUUCUAGACGCUGGUGCAACAACAACGCCCGCGACCACGACUCCGUUGGGGGUCAGGAACAUGACUAAUUUCACCACGGAUAGCGCCAUGGAUUCAGUCCUCUCCGCGUCGACGACAUCAAGGUCCGAAUCCCCAGAAUCUGUCGUGUCCUCGGCAUUCUCUGGAGAGGUGCAGAAACCGUUCAACGGGAGUCGGCACUCCGUAUUCUCAACACCAAUCACUUUCAGUAACAACAACGAUUUCAUUUUUGAUAACGACUUCAGUAACAUACUCAAGGAGAACGACGGGGUCGUUAUGGGCAGACUCGCAGAGGACAGUCCCAUCACGAGCAACGAGUCCGAAAAGAGCAGAAGUCCCGCGGGUGCCAAGAAACCCAAGCGCUACAGAGCCAGGAGAAGGGGCUCCCCUGCAGGGGACGGUACGGGCCCCUCGAAAAGAGUCUCUGACUCAAGAUUGUCAGCUGUGGGACUUGCUAAAGUGUUGAAAUUGAAUUCUUCGGAGGAGGCUCUUCAAAGAGAAGGUGUAAUACUGGAUAUCUUCAGGAACGAGCUUCAUUAUCCUCUGGGUUACAAGACGUGGAUUAGGGAUACCACGCUGGAAGAACGGAACGCGUUGAUCGCACAAUUGCAUGAAAGAGUGCACGUUCACUACCCGGAGUACGAUAAGGCCAUUUUGGAAACCGUUAUUAGAAGGGCCACUUACUCAAUGAUGCAGAGCAGGUUGAGAAGGGAGAGACAAAAGAAAAUGAGGGUUCAACAGGGGCAAAAAAUUGCGCUUUGA